UUUGCUUGAGGGGUUGCUAUGAUUUUACAAGAUUGAAGGUUUACAAUGGAAAUAAUGAGUUCAGUGUGUUUAUUGCUUCUUCUUCUUUCACUUUUAGUAGCUUCUGCUCUUUCUGCAAAUGAAGAGGCUUUCGUUGGUGUAAACAUUGGCACCGAUGUCUCAGACAUGCCCAGUCCAACUCAGGUGGUGGCUCUCCUCAAAGCACAGCGAAUUCAUCAUGUCAGGCUAUUUGAUGCUGACCAAGCUAUGCUACUUGCACUUGCUAAUACUGGAAUCCACGUCACUGUUUCUGUACCAAAUGAUCAGCUCUUAGGAAUCGGUCAGUCCAAUUCCACUGCUGCCAAUUGGGUUUCUCGGAAUGUCCUCUCUCAUGUUCCCGCCACCAACAUCACAGCCAUUGCCAUCGGCUCCGAGGUCCUUACCACGCUUCCCAAUGCUGCUCCCGUCUUGGUCUCCGCCAUGAAAUUUAUUCACUCCGCCCUCGUUGCUGCUAAUCUCGACUCCAAGAUAAAAGUCUCCACCCCACAUUCUUCUUCUAUCGUCCUCGACUGGUUUCCACCCUCGCAAGCUUUCUUCAACCGCUCAUUGGACCCCGUCAUGGUUCCAUUGCUCAACUUUUUGAAGGACACUGGGUCCCAUCUCAUGCUCAAUGUAUAUCCAUAUUAUAAUUAUAUGAAAUCCGACGGUGUGAUCCCGUUAGACUAUGCUCUCUUUCGUCCCCUUCCUCCUAACAAAGAAGCUGUUGAUCCUAACACACACCUCCACUACACUAAUGUCUUUGAUACCGUUGUUGAUGCAGCCUAUUUUUCCAUGUCCUACUUGAACUUCACUAACAUUCCCAUUAUGGUGACUGAGUCAGGUUGGCCAUCCAAGGGUGACUCAUCCGAGCCAGACGCCUCUCUUGACAAUGCUAACACUUAUAAUAGUAACUUAAUUAAGCAUGUUCUUAAUAAUACCGGGACUCCCAAACAUCCUGGGAUUGCAGUUAGUACGUAUAUUUAUGAGCUUUACAAUGAAGAUCUCAGGCCCGGUUCUAUUUCAGAGAAGAAUUGGGGGCUGUUUGAUUCCAGUGGAAUGCCAGUUUAUACCCUGCACUUGACGGGUUCUGGAAUGGUGUUAGCAAAUUACAAUACGAACCAAACCUAUUGUGUUGCAAAAGAAAAUGCGGAAAAAAAGAUGGUACAAGCUGCUUUGGAUUGGGCUUGUGGACCGGGGAAGGUUGACUGUACUCCUUUGUUGCAAGAAAAUCCUUGUUAUGAACCCAAUACCGUGAUUGCUCAUGCAUCGUAUGCUUUUGAUGCGUAUUAUCACAAGAUGGGCAUGGCUGAUGGAACAUGCGACUUCAAUGGUGUUGCUAGAGUCACUACCUCUGAUCCUAGUAAUGGUUCUUGUAUAUAUCCAGGAAGUGGAGGAAGAAACGGAACCUUCAAAAACAGCUCCCCACUUGCUCCAUCAUCAAAUACAACUGCAUCUGGCUGUCAUUCACAAUAUUCCAAUGAUCGUAUUUUCUUCAGCUCUUUCAUUGUUGGUUUGAUCAUCUUCUGGACGGUAGUUUCCUUGUAGCAUAAUGUGGAUUGCCUUACACAGCAUAUUUGCUGCAUUUAUGACACUGUAAACACAGUUUCACUCUUUCCGUGGCUUAACGCUCCCAAUUUUGUUCCUCCAAUGAGGGUUAUAAGGGGUAUCAUGGAAUCUAGAUCGGGGCAGGAACUGGCAUUGAGGUGAGUGCGCUGGAUUUGUUCCUAUGUGCAAUCGCAGCAGAGAUAGUUUGUGAUGGUUGCUGUAAUUAUCUUAGGGUAGAAUCAUUCUUUUCCUUCUGAAGCUUAAUUCCUUUGUCUCGGAUGACAUUCAUAAUGUUUCUGCAUAGAAUACUCUUUGUUCGAUUUAUGUAUAAUGCAAGAUUCCUCUUGCCUUCAAUUAGGGUGUUUUCAAAUGCUGUUACACUGGCCCUGGUGCUUUGCAUGUACUAGUCUUUAUGCCUCUGAGGCUCUGAAUCUAACCCUUGAACACUAUAGGCUUAGGCCAGUCCAGAUUUGAACACUAUGACUAAAGUAUAGUAGUAACUGGGUUCUGAAUUUAA